GCUUCCAGACCCCUCGAUAAUCGAAAUCAGCUUUGUAUAACUUUUACCUAGAAAGCACAUCACUUUAUAUACAUUCAUACUUGGAUAUUUAACCUAGUUUCUUGGCACCGACAUGUCCAACUACGCCCCGUUCAUAAAGCCCUACGUGCAGUACAACGAGCAUGGAUGGGGUCCCUGUGAGAUCCCCGACUUGGACGUGCCCUACCAGCCGUUCUGCAAGAGCGAUCGCCUGGGCAAGAUCUGCGACUGGACGGUGGCGGCGCAGGAGAACAAGUUCCCCAGCAAGUAUGCCUCGACUUUCGGGAACAACAGUCAGUAUGCGUACUUCCACGAGGACGACGACGCCACCUUCCACUUGGUGGACAGCACUGGGUCGAGGUCCUUCAAACCUUAUCAGCGGGGACGCUAUCGCCCGAAUACUCGGAACAAUGCGACCAGGGGACGCACGGGGCGUGGCAACGCCUUGUUGGGCGUGGCCGGAGGACCUUCGUCGGGAGGCGGAACCGGAAACAGCAUUAAAUACGGAAAGGGUCGCGACGCACGCCGGAAUAUGGGUCGCCGGUUUCCCCGGAAUGCUCCGACCAGACUUCGCGAGAGUUCCGUGAUGGUGCGCUCCAAUUGGGUCUCCAUCGAGGACUUGGACUUUCCACGGCUCCUCAAACUUGCACUACCGAACAUCAAAGAGGGUCAGGACAUAAUCACCUGUGGUUCCCUGGACUACUAUGACAAGCUGUACGAUCGAGUUAAUCUACGGAAUGAAAAGCCUCUCCUCAAGAUGGAUCGCAUUGUGCACACGGUGACAACCACGGAUGACCCGAUAAUCCGUCGUCUUUCGAAGACCAUGGGCAAUGUCUUCGCCACCGAUGAGAUUCUGGCCACCAUUAUGUGCUGCACUCGCUCGAAUUACUCCUGGGAUGUGGUGAUCGAGAAGCUGGGCAGCAAGGUGUUCUUGGAUAAGAGGGAUAACGCCCAGUUCGAUCUGCUGACUGUGAACGAGACUUCACACGAACCCCCAAUCGACAAGGAGGGUUCCAUCAACUCGCCACACAGCUUGGCCAUGGAGGCCACCCUUAUCAACCAUAAUUUCAGUCAGCAGGUGCUUCGGUUUGGCGACCAGGAGCCGCGUCACAAGUUCGAGGAGCGGAAUCCCUUCGAGGAGCCGGGAGUGGAGCUGGCCUCCAUUGGCUACCGCUACCGCAAGUGGGAUCUGGGCAACGACAUCGUGCUGAUCGCCCGAUGCAAGCACAAUGGGGUGAUUCAAGGCCCCAAUGGGGAGCUGCAGUUCCUCUCGAUCAAGGCUCUCAACGAGUGGGACUCGAAGGCGACCAACAGCGUGGAGUGGCGCCAGAAGUUGGACUCGCAGCGCGGAGCUGUUUUGGCCUCCGAACUGCGGAACAAUGCUUGUAAGUUGGCUCGUUGGACUGUGGAAGCCGUGUUGGCUGGCUCCGAUCAGCUGAAGCUGGGCUACGUUUCCCGAGUGAGUCCAAGGGACCACCUGCGCCACGUGAUCCUGGGAACCCAGAACUUCAAGCCGCAGGAGUUCGCCACCCAGAUCAACCUGAACAUGGACAACGCAUGGGGAAUCCUGCGGUGCCUGAUCGACAUUAUGAUGAAGCAGCCAGAUGGCAAGUAUCUGAUCAUGAAAGACCCCAACAAACCGAUGGUCCGACUGUACGAUAUACCGGAAAACGCCUUCGACUCCGAGAGCGACGAGGAGGACGACUCCAGCGAGCUGUUUGCCAACUCUGUCGAUAACUAAUGUUUGCCCUGUUUGUUUUAUUUAACUAAUAGUUGUUCGAAUAAAGGGCUGCGUUGACAGGCAACACAUGCCGCACUGACAGAUGCGCAGCGAACACAAAUGCAA